CAGAUCUUAAAUUCUGUAUGUGUUUCUUCUACUAAAAAUGAAAAAUUCUAACUGUAUUCCCAUUGUCCUAAAUACUUUUACAAUGUGUACAAGUCAAAAAUCUAAGCAAUAGGCAUUAUUAAAAUAUUCCUAAUACAAUACUUACCCUGAAGAAAAACGUUGAGCAGAAAAAAAAAACUAUUAAACCUAAUUGUAAAGAACAAUACUGAAAAGUGUAUUUAUCAUUUCUCUCCUGAAAUAUAGGAAGCUUAAGAAGCUUUGGGUGUGCUGGAGCUAAGUAAGAAGAUGUAAAUUGCUGGGGAUGAAUUAUUGCCCCCCCCUCCUUUUGCCCUUUGUUUAGCACCGAUAAAGGCUAAAACCCCGGUAAGACUGGUCACUGAAUAGAGCGGAGUGCUCAUCGUCAUCAGUCCUAACUCCUCCCACUCCGGAGCCAGUCUCUAUUUGAGCUUUAGAAACUCCAAUGCAAACAGACACAUGAGCAAAGGAAUCCCAGGCAGCUCCUACACUUAAAGACUCCCUCAUACUCUCCCUAUUGACUUCUCAUUGACAGUCUCAAGCAGUAAUCAAGGACCUUGGUGUUUAAGGACCAAAGCAAUUCAAGCUACAUGGACUUUGACACUGUUGGGUAGCAUUUUUUUUUAACUGGAAAAGACCUGCAAACACUGUCUGUUUAAUCCAAUAUAUCGGGCCAAGGAUUGCUUUGGGGAAACAAUUAUACAGUGUGUUUCUUAUUAUUUUAAAGGUUUUGAAAGGUGGCAGCUCUGGAUCACAUGGGUUCGGAUGUGCGAGAUCUCAAUGCUAUGCUGCCAGUGUCUCUCCCUGCAGGCAAUGGCAGCUGCACCUUGCCGGUCAGUAAUGCACCUCAAUGGGCUCCAGUCUUAGACUUCCACCCAGGGGCCCCUUACAGCUCCUUUAUCAAGCAAGAGCCCAACUGGAACUCCACUGAUCCCCAUGAUGAUCACUGCGGACUGAGCGCUUUCACGGUUCACUUUUCAGGUCAAUUCAGUGGCACUGGAGCUUGUAGGUAUGGGUCCUUUGGGGCUCCACCACCAAGUCAACCACCUCCCAGCCAGGCAAGGAUGUUCUCAAAUGGCCCCUACCUGCCAAACUGCAUGGAAACCCAGCCAGCCACCAGGAACCAGGGCUACAGUACAGUUGGGUUUGAUGGGACUCCCAACUAUGGGCACACUCCCUCUCAUCAUACAUCACAGUUCUCCAACCAUUCCUUUAAACACGAAGACCCAAUGAGCCAACAACCAACAAUAGGAGACCAGCAGUACUCUGUGCCUCCUCCAGUAUAUGGCUGCCACACCCCCACAGACAGCUGUGCAGGGAGCCAAGCCCUGCUACUGAGAAACCCAUACAACAGUGACAACCUAUACCAAAUGGCCUCACAGCUUGAAUGUAUGGGAUGGAACCCUGUAAGCACAUUGGCACCUGCAAUGAAGAGCCACACAACAGGUUAUGAAAGUGACCACAAUGGGCCCUUGUUGUACAGCUGUAGUGCCCAGUAUAGAAUACACACACACGGUGUCUUCAGAGGACUCCAGGAUGUUCGGAGAGUGCCAGGAGUUUCUCCUGCCAUUGUGAGGUCAUCGUCAGAAACCAAUGAAAAACGGCCGUUUAUGUGUGCAUAUCCUGGUUGCAACAAGAGAUAUUUCAAAUUGUCCCAUUUACAGAUGCAUAGCAGGAAACAUACAGGUGAAAAACCCUACCAGUGUGACUUCAAAGACUGUGGAAGGAGAUUUUCUCGAUCAGACCAGCUUAAAAGGCACCAGAGAAGGCACACAGGAGUAAAACCAUUCCAGUGUGAAACCUGUCAGAGAAAAUUCUCUCGGUCUGAUCACCUUAAGACUCAUACCAGGACUCAUACAGGUAAAACAAGUGAGAAGCCCUUUAACUGUCGCUGGCCCAACUGUCAGAAGAAGUUUGCGAGAUCGGAUGAACUGGUACGCCAUCACAACAUGCACCAGAGGAACAUGACCAAGCUCCAGUUAGCACUCUAAAAACCAUGCCAGGAAAAAAAAAGGGACAUUGUCAGCUACUGCAGAAAUGCUGGCUUUCAGAGAGCACUAUAGUAUCAGAAACUAGAUGGUUCAACACAGGUUAACAAACUUUACAUUAAGUGUCUUCAGCUACUGUGUAUUUGCAUAUUUGUUCAUAAAUACAUGUGUUUUUACACAUAAUUAUUAUGUUUACAUGCAUAGAUACAAUGUACUUAAUGUGUAAAUCUGUUUUCAUGAUAUAACCCUAACCUUAACCCUUUUCUGAUACAAUUAUGUAGUGUCAUAUAUCGUGCAAAAAGAUUUACAUUAAGUAGAUUGCAACUAUGCAUAAUAAGAUUAUAAUUAUAUGUAAAUACACAUAUACUUAUUAAGCUGGGCAGCAGUGUGGAGUAGUGGUUAGGGCUCUGGACUCUUGACCGGCGGGUCGUGGGUUCAAUUCCAGGUGGGGACACCGCUGCUGUACCCUUGAGCAAGGUACUUCACCUUGAUUGCUCCAGUAAAAACCCAACUGUAUAAAUAGGUAACUGUAUGUAAAAAUAAUGUGAUACCUUGUAACAAUUGUAAGUCACCCUGGAUAAGGGCGUCUGCUAAGAAAUAAAAUAAUAAUAAGUAACUAAUGCACAGCAAUUAGAGAUACGCAAUGUAACGUGUAAUAGUGUGCCACAUUAUUUUCACCCUAUGUACAGUAUCUUGCCAACCUCGCAACACUUACUAUGUUACUAUGUUACUAUGUCAAUGACUUAGCACAGCAUAAACAUAUGAGGCCAUAUCCAUGGUGGCCUUAACAGAGUUAUGCAUUAUAUUAACCAAGGCUUUCAAAUGUAUAUCUUACCUCUUAACAACAUUUGCAGAGUCUAUUCCCAGAAUGUAUUGGGUGAAGCUAAUUAAACCAGCCAAUAAACAUUCGCCACCUGUGUAACAGUUAUUACAACCCCACCUGAGCCUCACACUCACAGUAGGGUUCUGUUUAGGGGUCAGAUGAUGUCGGAAUACAAGCUGCACGGAUAGUAAUUGAUGGGAGGAUUAAAUGGCUUCACUUGAAUUAAAGUGAAAUUAAACAGAAUUGUCUUGUUAGAAAAUAAUUUCAAAGGCUUGGCUAAAACCCCUAGGGUUUUAGACACUGACAAAUUAAAACAAUGAAAAACUGUGAUCUCAUUAUUAUUAUUAUUAUUAUUAUUAUUAUUAUUAUUAUUAUUAUUAUUAUUAUUUUUGUGUAAAAAAAGUGAUUUUAACAGUGCUUGAUUGUGAUCAAGCCGGGAUUAAAUCUAUGAUAUAACUUAUUGAAAAUCUCAAUAAAAAAACAUUGGCUUUGGUAAAAGACUUAUCAAGGAUAUGUAAUGUAGAUAUCUUAUUUAUCCUUACCUACAUAGCUGUUUUGGGCUCUAUUUAAAUGGAUCAGAAGAUUUUUCUCUAAGGUUUAACAAGUGUCGUGAUACUAACAUGGCUGCAAAAGAAACUCUCACUUUCAGCAUAUCUUGUUAUAUUAGAUUAACAGCAGAGUCAUCUUUAGCGUAGGAAUUUGUAUUCUAUGUAUACAAUCCCCUCCAACAAAUACUGGGUCCGGCCAGUCCCAAUGCAGUCCCAGUACCUGUUAGAGGGUAAUGUAUAAAUAGUCACGCUGGCUAUGUGGCUAUUAUCUAGUUGUGAUAUUAACAUAGUAAAAAAAAGUGCUGGUCCACAGUUUCCAUUAAUCAAGUUUUUCUUGGGGGGGGCGGGGGAACAUAACUUAAAAAGACUUAAAUCUUCCAAGUAUAAAUGUGAAGAACACUUUGAUAGCUUAAGAAUUGUAUUAUUUGAUUUUAUGUAUGUGUAUUUACUGCUUCUUGCUUGAAAUUAUUGUGUAUAUAUAUAUAUGAUAAAGUAAUUGCUCUGUCAACAAAGAAAUUGUAUAAUUAUUAGGUGCAUCACAUUUUUUCAGAGUUGUUCCUCUUAAAUGUAUUGAUAACACUAAGAAUAUAACCUGCAUUUGUUUUUUUUCCACUGAACUUUGAAUUAAAGACCAUUUAAAAGACA